UUGUCGGCAAUGCAGCUCUAUCAGCAUUCUUCUUGUAUUGCCAACAGCAGCAAGACAUAUUUAUAAACUCCUGCAAAAAUAAUGUCCCUCCACCUGAUGUGUGCGGCCCUGCUGGCCCUGGGCUCAUAUUGCAUUCCAACAACAAGCGGCAUCUCUUACCCGAAAACUCUACCAUGUGACGUUAGCGAGGUCCAUAACGGGACUGCGGUGAAAGUGGACUGCACUGAAAGACGUCUCAAGGAAGUUCCCGUCGCCAUCCCUGGAGAGACCACCAACCUGACUCUCACAAUCAACCAUAUUCCAAAUUUGAACUCAACCUCCUUUCAGGGUCUGGACAACUUGACAGAGAUUGACAUGAGGUGCAACUGCGUGCCCAUCAAAAUCGGCCCGAAGGACAACAUGUGCACAAAGAGCGUGACAAUUGCGGAUAAUACCUUUACUGCACUAAGGAAUCUGCGGGCACUGUAUCUAGAUGGGAAUCAGCUGGACAGCAUUCCUAAAGGCUUGCCCUCAAACCUUGUCCUUUUGAGUUUGGAAGUGAAUCAUAUUUUUUAUAUUUCCAAGAAAAACCUUUCUGAGAUCCGAAAUGUUCAGGUGCUUUACCUGGGACAAAACUGCUAUUAUCGUAACCCCUGCAAUGUAUCCUAUGGUAUAGAAGAUGGUGCAUUCUUAGAACUGGGAAAUUUAACAUUACUGUCUCUUAAGUCAAACAACUUAUCCUUUAUUCCCUGUAGAUUGCCUACAAGCUUAAGAGAGCUGUAUCUCUACAACAACAACAUUCAACAGGUAUCUGACGAGGAUUUCAAAAACUUAACAAACCUUGAGAUUUUAGAUGUUAGUGGGAAUUGUCCUCGAUGCUACAACGCCCCUUUCCCAUGCACCCCAUGCCCGAAUAACGCACCGCUAAAUAUCAGUAAGGGAGCUUUUAAAAUGUUAACAAAGCUAAAGACGUUACGUUUGCACAGUAACUCCCUGACAUAUGUGCUACCUGAAUGGUUUAGUAGCACAAAGAAUCUGAGCGUGCUUGACCUCUCAUCAAAUUUUUUAGCCAGAGAUAUUGGGUCCACCACCUUCCCUCAUUUCCUGGGCAAACUAGAAGAACUGGACCUGUCUUUUAACUAUGAGCUCCAGCGGUAUCCUCAAUCCCUGAGGCUGAGCUGCAGUUUCUCCAGCCUAAAGUCUCUUAAAAUUUUCAGGCUAAAAGGUUAUGUGUUCCAGCAACUAAGGCCAGAAAGCAUUGCUCCCUUAAAACUUCUACCAAAUCUGGAGGUUGUGGAUCUCGGCACAAACUUUAUCAAAAUGGCUAACCUCAGCAUUCUGAUGGACUUAAAAAGCUUUAGAAUAAUCAGUUUGUCUGAUAACAAAAUAUCCUCUCCCUCUGAUGCUCAAAAUGUGUUUAGUUUCAAAGGUGGGGAGCCGGUGAUGUGGUCCCCCAUGUCAGCUGCUGAGCAGUUCCAAAACAAGGAAGUGAGAGAGAUCCAUUACUUCAGAUAUGAUGAAUAUGCCCGCAGCUGCAAAUACAAAGAUAAGGAACUUGGAAUUGUUACAUUAUUUGUUAAGAAGGAAUGCAGCAAUUUUGGCAAAACCUUGGAUGUGAGUAGAAACAACAUAUUUUUCUUGCAUUCAAGGUUUUUAAAUCUGAAGGAGUUGAGGUGCCUCAAUCUGUCUGGGAACGCAAUGAGCCAAAGCCUGAAUGGAUCUGAGUUUAGCAAUCUGACUAAUUUACAAUACCUGGACUUCUCAUCAAACCGCCUGGACCUGCUGUACUUCACUGCUUUUAAAGAGCUGAGCAAUCUGGUCAUUCUGGAUAUAAGUAAAAACAACCACUAUUUUGAAUCAGAGGGCUUGACUCACAUGCUUAAUUUCACUAAGAAUUUAAAAAAGCUAAAGACACUGAUGAUGAAUCACAACAAGAUUUCUACUUCCACCAACACAGAAAUGGAAAGUGAAUCUUUAGAGAAGUUAGAGUUCAGAGGCAACAGGUUGGAUUUGAUGUGGAGAGAUGGGGACACAAGAUACAUCAAUUAUUUCAAAAAAAUACUUAAUCUGAGAGUGCUUGACAUUUCUGCCAACAACCUUCGUUCAGUUCGACGAGAAGUCUUCAGUGGUCUGCCAGACAAGCUGGCUGAGCUCUACAUUAGAAAGAACAAACUGUACUUUUUUGCAUGGGGGGAACUACAAGUUCUGCGUUUUCUGAAAGUCUUAGACCUUAGCGGAAAUUAUCUAACCUCUGUCCCAAGAAUGCUGUCAAAUUGUACCACAUCACUUGAGAAACUUAUUUUGCAUGACAACAAAAUCCUAAAACUCACACCCAAUUUCCUCCAGGAUGCUUUUAGAUUAAAAUAUCUGGAUCUUAGCUUCAAUCUCAUAAAGCACGUUGAGCAAUCCAGCUUCCCAGAUAACGUCGUUAACCAGAUGGAGAAGCUGCUUCUGCACAAAAACAACUACCUGUGCACAUGUAAUGCCUCUUGGUUCAUCACAUGGCUGAACAAAACCACAGUGACCAUCCCCCGACUGGGAAUAGACGUUACCUGUGCUUCUCCAGGAGUGCAAAAAGGUAAUCUUGUGGUCUCAGUGGACCUGCAGGCCUGCCAGUACUCCUUCCUGUCAAUCAUCCUAUAUACGCUCAUGACAUCUGUCCUCCUUAGCUUCAUUACUGUGUCCAUCUCCAGUCACCUCUUCCUGUGGGACGUCUGGUAUAUUUAUCACUUCUGUAGGGCUAAACUAAAAGGCUAUCGCCGUCUAUAUUCUCAGAGUGCGGUCUAUGAUGCCUUUGUGAUGUAUGACAAAAAUGAUCCUGCAGUGUCAGAGUGGGUAAUGAAGGAGAUGUGCCCUAAUCUGGAGGAGCGCGGAGACCAUCAAUUGACUCUGUGUCUGGAGGAGCGAGACUGGAUCCCUGGUUGUCCCUUGAUUGACAACCUCUCCCAGAGCAUCCACAAGAGCAAGAGGACUGUGUUCAUUCUCACCAAAAAAUACAUCAACGGAGGUAAUUUCAGGACAGCCUUCUACAUGGCACACCAAAGACUGAUGGAUGAAAAAAAUGAUGUCAUCGUGUUGAUUUUUUUGGAGAAAGUAUCUUGCAAUUCCAAGUAUCUGCGCCUACGAAAAAGACUGUACAAGCGGUCUGUCCUCGAGUGGCCGAGAAACCCCCAGGCUCAACAGUAUUUCUGGUUCAGCCUCAGGAGCGUGUUAGCUACUGAGAGCCAUAAACAAUAUAGCAAUCUCUUUAAAGAGACACUCUGAAGGGAUCACAAUGUAUAGUUUCCAAAAAUGUGAGGCAAUUUGUGGUUGAUUAAUUAUUUCUUCUUUCAACAAUGCUUCUUGGAAACAAAUAGUGUACCUCUGGAAAAUCUGUUAAUUUACCUUUAAUACAGUGCCACAUUUGUAUGGAAAAUACAUUUCUGGGUUGAUUAGGAGAGCUAAAUAUGUGUGUUGUGCCCAUGGGAAAAUUGUCAAAUAAUCUCUGCCCAUGACAAACACAUUAUUUUACGCAUGACACUUAUUUGAUAUCUCAUGUUAGAUUUGAAUGAUGGAAGUCUGGAGAAACAAUACAUAUGAAGAAUUUAUUAUUAUUG